ACUGUAAUACUUAAGGUAAAGUUUGUUACAGCUGUUCCUUGGUAUGUUUCCGUUUUGCAAAACUGCGGCGCCGCCGUCUGCGUCUUUGUCCAUAUUACGCACCGCGAUCAAUAUUGAUCGCGUCUCGGUGGAAUGAAUUUGCCCCUUGCAGGUGAUGUUUUUUUUCCAGAGACCACUUUCAUUCCUCAGAGGGGUGUCGGUUAAACUUGAACCAGGUGCUUUAUAUAACUGUUGCUCUCUCGACGCUCCAAACGCAUCUCGCAGUUGCGUUUCUCCGCCUUUUAAUCACAUUUUAAUCGGCCUCUUAAAACGCCUCGGCUCUUUUCUGAAAAGUGACCGCUGCAGAUUGUUUUCUCCUGCUCUUGGACUAGAAGUGUUCAGGAGUUUCUCGCUCUGUACUUUUCCACUAGCAGCGGCUUUUCUUGGCAUGUGUCCUCCCCUCCGCGCAGACUCUCCCUCCCCUCCUUCCCUUCUUUUGUGCCCCUGCGUCCCUCCCCGGCUCUUUCUGUGAGGAGCCAGCCUAGCAAAACCGAUCAAUUAAUUUUUCCCAUUAAAAGUGUCUCCCUGUAUUAUUGUAAACGUAUGCAAAACAAUAUGUUUAUAUUUCUAUUUUGCAUCUUUUGAGCUUGAUGCGUUAUUGGAAUACUUUUUUUUUUUACUUUGACCGGCUUGAGCAGACUUUAAAUGUUGCAAAACCAGAGCAGCCAUGGAAUUGCACAAACCUAUGUGCAAGCAGAAAUGUUCCCGUGAGCUGUGUUAAUUUUUUUUUACCCCCCAAAUGUCUAUGACGCAAGCGCACCGAAAGGUGCGGCUCUGACGCGUCAGCAGCGCAGCUGCCCUCUAUUGGUCUGAAGGGGAUCGAUCACCUCACAAUAUUUUCACCAAAGCUGAACGUUUCCAAAGGUUAACGCCCCCCAGGAGGCGUGGCUAGCCCCUCCCUCUUUAGGCCUUCCUAUAAAGAAGGGAGCUGGAGGUGGAAGGUUACAAUUUGGAUUUUGGCUUUUGAUGAGUGCAGAUCUCGAACUCAUCAUGACGAUCAAAACAGAAACAGAGAAGCCUGCCCUGACUUACUCAAAGACUAGAGGCCUUGUGGAAUUAAUUACCGCUUUUAUGAAACAAAGGAGGAUGGGUCUGAACGACUUCAUUCAGAAGCUCGCCACAAACUCCUACGCCUGCAAGCAUCCUGAAGUGCAGUCUAUCCUGAACUUGACUCCUCCGCAGGAUCCUGAGCUCAUGAACUCAAACCCCUCUCCUCCCCCCAGUCCAUCCCAGCAGAUCAACCUCGGCCCGUCCUCCAAUCCCUCGGCCAAGCCCAGCGACUUCCACUUCCUCAAAGUGAUCGGCAAGGGCAGCUUCGGCAAGGUGCUGCUCGCCCGACACCGCACAGACGACCAGUUUUACGCAGUCAAAGUUUUACAAAAGAAGGCCAUUCUCAAGAAGAAGGAGGAGAAGCACAUUAUGUCAGAGAGGAAUGUACUGCUGAAGAACGUCAAGCACCCGUUUUUAGUGGGCCUGCAUUAUUCUUUCCAAACAGCGGACAAACUCUACUUCGUCUUGGACUACAUCAACGGAGGAGAGCUGUUCUACCACCUGCAGAGAGAGCGCUGCUUCCUGGAGCCCAGAGCCAGGUUUUAUUCUGCAGAGAUAGCCAGCGCGCUGGGCUACCUGCACUCCCUCAACAUCGUCUACAGAGACCUGAAGCCAGAGAACAUCCUGCUGGACUCACAGGGCCACAUCAUCCUCACAGAUUUUGGCCUCUGCAAGGAAAACAUUGAACCCAACGGGACCACGUCGACGUUCUGCGGUACACCGGAGUAUUUGGCUCCUGAGGUGCUACACAAGCAGCCGUACGACAGGACAGUAGACUGGUGGUGCUUAGGAGCUGUUCUAUACGAGAUGCUGUAUGGCCUGCCUCCGUUCUACAGCCGAAACACAGCGGAAAUGUACGACAACAUCCUGAACAAGCCUCUGCAGCUGAAGCCCAACAUCUCCAACGCAGCCAGACACCUGCUGGAGGGCCUGCUACAAAAAGACCGCACCAAGAGACUGGGCUGCAAAGACGACUUUACUGAAAUCAAGAACCACGUAUUCUUCUCUCCUAUCAACUGGGAUGACCUCAAUGCCAAGAAGAUGACCCCUCCUUUUAACCCCAACGUGACUGGACCUAAUGACCUGCGGCACUUUGAUCCGGAGUUCACGGAUGAACCGGUUCCCAGCUCCAUCGGCUGCUCCCCAGACUGCGCCCUCGCCACUGCCAGCAUCAAAGAGGCAGCUGAGGCCUUCGUGGGCUUUUCCUAUGCCCCAUCCAUGGACUCCUACCUAUAGGAUUCAAACUGAGGCACUCGGUGCGGACACUGGUUUUGCGCUCACUGGACACAGAUCCACCGUGCCAUGUCGGUGGGCGUUGUAUCUUGAUCCACUUUGUUUCCCAUCAGAUUGAUGGUUUACUCCCAAACCAGGCCCCUGUGAGAGCCCUUCAGCAGCACGUGUACUUAUCACAUUCUCUCCCAACACUUGAGUGCGUUUAGAAACACUUGCACAGAGGGAAUGUCUGCUGUAACUGUUAGGUUGGGAUUGUUUUCCUCCGUUCCUAAUAAUCCCCUUUUAGUCCUAAACUCCAUUCACUUACCUGCUAGUGGAGGAUCUUUGCACAUAGCCCAGGCAGCUCAACAGCUUCCUUUACUUUCCAACUAACAAGCACACGACUAAACGUCCGGCUUUUGUCCAAAAGACGAAGGCUGGUCGGUUAAACAACAACAGCAACAACAAACAAAACAAACAAACAAAAAAAAAAACCUGGGAUAAAUUUUCAUUCCUUAUAGUGAAACAUCUUCCCUCCACUACUCUAGGGGGAGCCACAUGUUUAGCUUGACCAGAGAUGUUAUACAUUUUUGGUGUUUUUGUUUUUUUUUUUCUUUUGUGCUUUCUUUUUUUUUUUAUAAAAAAAAAGGGAGUCAGAAGAAGCCGAAUGUUACAGAGGGGGGAGUUUCAUUUCUCUUAAGAGGUGCCAUUAUUUUCCCGUCUCUCCGUCAGCUUCGAGUCAUUUGGGUUUUUUCGCUGUGUGGGCGCUGCAGUUACAUCUACCUACAGCAGGUGAACUGAGAUGAUUUAUCACGCUUUACUGUAUAUGUAAAUAUAUAUAUAUAUAUAUUUUGAAGACAUCCGAGGAUGUAGCACUAAGUUUGAACUUGUUUGACGUAGGGACUCAAAUGAUGUUUGAAUGCCUUCAUUUGCACAUUACCGCUGAUGGAGAGACGGCAAGAGAGCACUGCUGCUGGGUCGAGGAUGAGUGGCGCGUGUUGAGAAGUAUUUCCCGUAUUUUUCGCCUGCCGGCCACAUCCCCCCUCAUUUAGUCUUCCAAAUUGCCUCACACUGACGCAACGACGGCCUGCCGACAGGCUCGCAAGCAUUCAAUGAGAACAUUCCACUUUAAUAUUGCUGUAAUGCAUCUUUGACGGUAUUUAAGUUUCUUGUAUAUUUGGAGUCAUGUGUACUAGUUUUAAUGUAUAUUGAACGACAACAACAAAAAAAGUGACUAAAGGUAUGCUUUGUUAUGUAUAUGUAACUAUUCAUGUUUAAUGUAUUGUAAAUUGUAAAAUUGUUUAUGUGACCAUGUUUGGUUUGGAAUAAAAGUUUAACUUUAUUACACGUAA